AUGGCCACGUUAAACUUUGUGCCAUUCAACUAUGGCUCCGAAACGUGGGAGUCAUAUACCGCCCGUUUUGAAUGUUUCCUGGUCACCCAUGACCUCACCGAGCUGACGGAUGAAAGGAAAUGCGCAUUUUUCCUGUCAGUAUGCGGCACAGACGUGUUCCACACUGCCAGGGCUCUCACAGCCCCUGAACCUCUCAAGGCCGUGCCAUGGCCUGUCCUGAUGGCAAAGCUGACGAGCCAUUACGCCCCGUCCCCGUCCAAGAUAGCCCACCGACACGCAUUCCAUCAACGCAGCCAAGCCGAGGGAGAGUCAGUCAGCGCCUAUGUCGCCGCCCUGAGAUCGGCGAACGCCAAUCAGGGCCCAUCAUGCCACAAUCUGCAGAAAAAGAUUCAGCUGACUGUCAACAUUGAAGGGAGGCCCUGUGAAAUGGAGCUGGACACCGGCUCCGCUACGUCCAUUGUGUCCUGGAGCACGAUUAAACGCCUUUUGCCCCAGCUAUCAAAGCGCCAACUACAAGACUGUAACCUGACAUUACGAGGCUAUCAGGGAAACCUGAUUCCAGUGAUUGGCACCUGCAGGGUCAGAGUGCAGUUUAAGGGGUUCGAUGGCCGGUUACCCCUCAUCAUAGUCGAGGGCCGGUUGCCCAGCCUUCUCGGCCUCGACUGGUUCCAGUCCCUCGGCCUUCAGAUCAGCGGCAUCAACCACCUAAGCACGUCGGCCCUAGACUGCCUAGUCAACGAGUUCCCUGCCAUGUUUGAUGGCACCCUUGGCAAAUACACUGGCACACCCGUGUCAUUCAACCUCGACCCAUCCGUGCAACCGGUGCGAAUGAAACCACGCCGAGUACCCAUCGCGCUCAAGCCGAAAGUAGACGCCGAGCUAGAUAAGCUCGUGGCUCAAGGCGUCCUGGAGCCAGUGGACCAUGCGCGAUGGGAAACACCCAUCGUGUUGCCAAUCAAACCAGACGGCAGUGUAAGGAUUUGCGCAGACUACCACUGCUCUAUCAACCGCGCUCUGCCCUCCAAUGCGUACCUGGUGCCAGUGGUUCAGCACCUUCUCCACACCUUGGGCGAGAGAUCUAUCUUCGCAAAGUUAGACCUCGCCCAAGCCUACCAACAGCUAGUGGUGGACGAUGAGGCAGCUGAGGCGCAAAUGAUUGUCACGCACCGGGGCGCAUUCCGCUGCCACAGAUUACAGUUUGGGGUCAGCAUCGCCCCAGGACUUUUCCAGAGUUUGAUGGAGAGGCUGCUCCAAGGACUCCGAGGCGUCAUCCCUUAUUUUGACGACGUUCUCGUAUCUGCAGCCUCCCUCGAUGAACUCAUGGCCCGCCUGCGGGAGGUUCUCAGCAAGUUCCAACAAGUGGGACUCAAGGUCAAAAGAGACAAGUGCCAGAUUGCGGUGCCCCAGAUAGAAUUCCUAGGCUUCCUCAUUGAUGGCAGUGGCAUUCACCCUACGGCUGCUAAGACCAAGGCUAUUGUGGAAACCCCUGCACCUACCAAUAGAGCUGAAUUACAGGCCUUUUUAGGCCUACUCAACUUCUAUGCUGUGUUCCUGCCGCAUAAGGCAUCUGUAGCUGAGCCACUUCACCGCCUCCUUGACUCAGGCGCGGCCUGGGUUUGGGGCCGCCGGGAAGCCUCUGCAUUCCUGGCGGUUAAACACCUCCUCAUCUCCAACGACGUCCUCGUCCAAUAUAGUGAGCACUUGCCCCUCGUGCUCGCUUGCGACGCUUCACCCUACGGGGUAGGCGCUGUCCUCUGCCACCAGCUACCCAGUGGGGUGGAGGUGCCCGUAGCCUUUUUCUCCCAUACCCUAUCUGCCUCCGAACGCAAUUACGCCCAAAUCGAUAAGGAGGCUCUUGCCAUUGUAGCCGGGGUACGGCGUUUUCACCAUUACUUAUAUGGCCGGCCUUUUAUGAUUGUCACCAACCACAAGCCGCUGCUCGGUUUGCUGGCCGGCGACCGCCCUGCCCCGCAAGUUCUCUCUCCGUGGAUGACACGCUGGUUUGUUUUCCUUGCCUCCUAUGAGUACCAGCUGCACCAUCACCCGGGGAAGCAGAUCACCCAUGCCGACGCACUCAGCCGUUGCCCCCUGCCGGAGGCCCCUGAAGACCCUGCUGCUCUCGCCCCAGUAUUCCUGAUUGACGACCUCAACUUGCCAACUUCUGCUGCCGACAUCGCCCGGUUGUCCGCAAGGGAGCAGGUAAUUUCCCGGGUGCUAGACUGGGUUAGGCGAGGGUGGCCAAAAGACCCCGUGGAUCCUGUUUUCCUGCCCUUCAAGUCCCGCCUGACAGAGCUGUCUGUUCAGCGCAGCUGCCUGCUCUGGGGCCACCGAGUAGUGGUGCCGGCCUCACUGAGGACUACCGUCCUGCAGCAACUACAUCAGGCCCACCCCGGCAUCACCCAGAUGAAGGCCCUGGGCUGUAGUUAUGUAUGGUGUCCUAAACUUGACCAGGACAUAGCCGCCCAUGUCGCGGGGUGCCCACAAUGCCAGAGCACCCAGGCUUUGCCUCCCAAAGCCGAGCCCCGUACUUGGGAACCGCCAUCCUCACCCUGGUCCCGGGUGCACGUCGACUUUGCGGGCCCCAUGCUUUUCAUUGCUGUGGACGCCUUCUCGAA